CAACACAAAAACUUUCCCAAAAGACAACAACUUUAGAAGACUUUUUGUAUGUAUUGGGGAGUUAUGGCAGGCAACAUGGGAUGGGGAAUGAUAGAGGAACAAGGAUGGAGGAAGGGUCCUUGGACUGCUGAAGAAGACAGAUUGCUCAUUCAGUAUGUCAGAUUGCAUGGUGAAGGCAGAUGGAACUCUGUUGCAAGACUUGCAGGACUGAAAAGAAAUGGAAAGAGCUGCAGACUGAGAUGGGUGAAUUACCUGAGACCAGACCUAAAGAAGGGUCAGAUAACACCACAGGAAGAAAGCAUAAUUCAGGAGCUGCAUGCUAGGUGGGGAAACAGGUGGUCAACAAUUGCAAGGAGCUUGCCAGGAAGAACUGACAAUGAGAUCAAGAACUAUUGGAGGACCCAUUUCAAGAAAAAGGCUAAAAGCCCUUCUGAUGCUGCUGAGAAGGCUAGAAUCCGUUCCUCAAGGAGGCAGCAAUUUCAACAGCAACAACUGCAGUUGAAGCAUCAGCAGCAGGUUCAGCAGCAGCAGCAGCAAUUCCAAUUCAACUUGGACAUAAAAGGGAUCAUAAACUUGCUUGAAGAAAAUGAUCACAGAGUCCCUUCUACAUCUCAAGAGACACAAGAAAUGGUUAACAUGUGUCCAAACACUUCAGAGCAGCAGGGUUACUUCUACUCUAUGUUCAAUGUCAGUGACAAUGUCUCUGCACCAGAGUCCUCAAACGAAGAAAUUCUCUGGGAUGGACUGUGGAACUUGGACGAUGUUCUUUGCAAUUUCAAUGCAGCAAGUGCUACAAGCAAAACUAGUUUACACAAUUUAGUCACUCCUUUCAGUUAAAGUUAUUUUUCUUUUAUCUAUUUAGCCUUGAAAACUGCUAGAAAGAUUUGUACUACAAAUAUGAGUCGCGGCUUGAUAAGGCUCCUAAACAAGGAGCUCAGAGUUAGGAUUAAUUGUUUCUUGAAUGUGUGCAAGUCAGUGUAGUGACUAGUGAGUGAUUUUCUGAAGGUGAGUUAUUGUAUAACCCCUUAAUAAAGUGUCUCAAAUUUUGCUCAUAAAGUCUCAAAUUUGUUUGCUUUUUUGCUUUUAAGUUAACAACUUUUCUUGCUAUA